AUGGCGGAAAAUAGCAAAGAUUUAAAGGAUACUCCUAAUGAAACGCUAUUAAACAUUAAAGUACUUCCAGAACCAAAGAAAGAUAGUGCAAUUGUCAAAUGUUUGAGGAAAAACUGUUGCAUUCCGCAGAGAUGGGUUUUUGGAAUAUUGGCGCAUAUAGGUCUAUGCAGUGCAUACACAAUGCGAGUAAGCCUUAACUUAGCGAUCACUCAAAUGGUGAAUCGAACUAACUUUCAGAAUAAUCAUUACAAUCCGGAUGCUUGCCCUAGCGAUUCGAUAUUGAAUGUGACAAAGAUCAUAAGGAAACCAUAUGCCAAUUUUGACUGGGAUGAGGAAACUCAAGGAUUUCUUUUAAGCGGAUUCUACUAUGGUUAUAUUUUAACUCAGUUUCUUGGUGGUUAUCUGGCUGAGAAGUUUGAUGGAAAAUGGACCCUGGGCAUUGGGUUACUAAGCACAGCGAUCCUAACAUUUCUUACACCUAUAGUCAUAAGAACUGGCGGGCCAACAUGGCUCUUUAUUUUGAGAGUUUUACAAGGAAUUGCAGGGGGUCCAACGAUUCCUGGUAUUAUGAUAAUGAUGUCACGUUGGACACCUCCUCAUGAAAGGUCUUUACAAGGUGCUUUGAUAUUUGGGGGACCACAAACUGGAAAUAUAUUUGGCGCCUUCAUGUCUGGCAUCUUGCUAGCUGAUGGAAGGGAUUGGGCCAAUGUAUUUUAUUUCUUUGGCGCUUUUGGUAUUUUUUGGUUUAUUUUGUGGACGCUUCUUUGUUACAACGAAGCGAAUCAACAUCCAUUUAUCUCUCACGAAGAGUUGGAACAUUUGAAUAAAGUUAUACCGCGAGCUGAUGAGACGUCUCGGAAGGACCCAGUUCCUUGGAAGGCCAUAUUAAGAUCACCAGCUGCUUGGGCUCUGUUAUUUGCUGGGAUUGGUCACGACUGGGGUUUUUAUACAAUGGUAUCAGAUCUGCCCAAGUAUAUGCAUGAUGUUCUCAAAUUUAAUAUUGCUACCACCGGUGCUCUCACUUGCCUGCCUUACGUAGCGAAGUGGUUUUUUUCUUUCCUGUUUGGUAUCACUUGCGAUUAUGGUAUUAAAAGGAAGUGGUACAGUGUGCGGAUCGGAAGAAUUAUAUACACUACAAUUGGAACAGCUUUGCCAGCAACAUGCAUUAUUUUAGCAUCGUAUUCGGGCUGCAACCGUACGGCUGCAAUAACGUGUUUUAUCUUAGCUAUGGGAUUAAUGGGCGCUUACGUCAGUGGAAUGAAGGUUAACACGUUAGAUGUGGCCCCAAACUAUGCGGGUUCGGUUACCGCUUUUAUCAACACCUUCACCACUCUUUGCGGUAUCAUCUCACCCUACUUGAUCGGAUUACUUACCCCCGAUUCAACACUAGUUCAAUGGCGCAGAGCGUUUUGGAUAUGCUUUCUCAUAAUGAUGAUAAGCAAUAUCGUUUAUGCUUUGUUAGCGAAAGGAAAACAGCAGUGGUGGGAUGAUGUAAGAAAACUGGGUUAUCCAUCUGACUGGAAACACGGCCCAAUUAUCAAGGAAGUUGUAGAUAAAACAGAAUCGGAUAAACUCUGUGAAACGGAGGUGAAUCGUGAACCAAAUACUAUUGAAAAACAGUAA